AUGGUUGUCCUCAGUCGUGGCCCCCUCAACACGGGAGCAGUCGUGGCACCCUCAACACGGGAGCAGCCGUGGCACCCUCAACACGGGAGCAGCCAUGGCACCCUCAACACGGGAGCAGCCAUGGCACCCUCAACACGGGAGCAGUCGUGGCACCCUCAACACGGGAGCAGUCGUGGCACCCUCAACACGGGAGCAGCCAUGGCACCCUCAACACGGGAGCAGCCGUGGCACCCUCAACACGGGAGCAGCCGUGGCACCCUCAACACGGGAGCAGCCGUGGCACCCUCAACACGGGAGCAGCCAUGGCACCCUCAACACGGGAGCAGUCGUGGCACCCUCAACACGGGAGCAGCCAUGGCACCCUCAACACGGGAGCAGCCAUGGCACCCUCAACACGGGAGCAGCCAUGGCACCCUCAACACGGGAGCAGCCAUGGCACCCUCAACACGGGAGCAGCCAUGGCACCCUCAACACGGGAGCAGCCAUGGCACCCUCAACACGGGAGCAGCCGUGGCACCCUCAACACGGGAGCAGUCGUGGCACCCUCAACACUGGAGCAGCCGUGACACCCUCAACACUGGAGCAGUCGUGGCACCCUCAACCACCCGCCUGGCACCCGUGGCACCCGCCUGGCGUCUGUGA